ACAUAUUUUCACUUCCGGGAUAAACCGAAACAGUCCAAAGAUCAGAAAAAUGUCAACAAAAAGUGUUUACAUUUUAACAAAUCGUGAAUAAAAUAAACGAUGGACAGAUUAAAGACUUUAACACCAUUACACAACCUCAAUUCAUUUGAUCAUGCACAUUUGCUAAAUACAAAACGAAAAGAAACUAUAACUUUUCCGCCUAUCACAUUUGCCCCAAAUCCCACCCCAGGGACGCUAAUACCUGCUCUCAAACCAAGAGUGGAGCUUGGAUUAACCAUCACAUACAUUUCCUUAUAUGGAAUUUUGUUUUCUAUGGUGUAUAUACAACUAUGGAUGAUCUGGUAUUACAGGCAUAAGCGACUGAGUUAUCAAACUGUGUUCUUAUUUUUGGCGUUGAUUUGGAGUGGACUACGUGUGUCAUUGUUCUCAUUUUACUUCAAUGACUGUGCCAGAGUGAAUUUUUUUCCACUGUUCUUAUACUGGCUGAUGUUCUGCUUUCCAGUGUGUCUGCAGUUUGUUGUAUUAUGCUUACUCGUUUUAUUCUUCGCACAGGUUGUUUUUAAAGCAAGAGCAAAAUAUGAACCCAGUAGAUUAAAACGACCAAUGAAGAUAGGACUGGUACUGGUUGUAAUUGUGUUUCUCUCCACUAACAUAACCUGUGCGGCGAUUACAAAGAUGAAUCAGUCGCGGUCCUUACCACUGUACAUGCUGUACCUGAGAGUGGCGAUAAAUGACUCCUUGUUUAUUAUCAUGAGUGGGAUACUCGCGUUGUGUAUCUACAGGAUGGCCAAAAUGUCAUCUGCAAGUGUUGUGCUUGAAGCAAAGGGAACAACUGUUUGUCAGGCACUUGCAGCUUGUGUUUUAAUUUUAUUCCUUUACUUGACCCGUGCCAUUUACAACAUAAUAGCGGUUACAUCUGUUACCAAAGGCUCUCAUAAGUUACCAAGUUUUGGAUUUGGUUGGAUCAAUGUUACAGAUCAGGCAGAUUUUGUGGAGCUAGACAAGGGAUAUGCCUACCUGUCCUUUGCAAUAGUAUUGUUUGUGUGGGAGAUAUUGCCAAUGUUUACCGUCAUAUUUUUCUUUAGAGUUCGUCGUCUUGGAUCAUCAUCGUCCUUACAAGACUUACCUUCAAUCAACCAGGACACAAAGGCAUACUUUUUUGACAACCCUCGGAGAUACGACAGUGAUGAGGAAGAUAUAAGUGUACGAAGUGAACCACAUCAUAGUUACCAGACACUGAGUGCUGGCCACUAUGCAAUAAACGGCAGUUUGGAAAACAGUAGGGAUUCUCCAAACGUGACUCCAACUAGGCCACAUAGACUUGGAUAUGGUGCGGUCAUGACAGCGGACAGAAAUUACAGUUACAGUGUUUCUCCAGUAACACACUCACCAUCUCAUGCUUAAAUUUAUCCUGUUAACAGUGCUGUCAUGACAGCAAAAAAAAAGGAGUUACAGUUAUAGUGUAUCUCCAGUAACACAAUUACAUGCUUAGUUUUAAGCUGUUAACAGUGCUGUCUUGAUAGCAAAGAGGAUUUAUACAUAUAGUUUAUCACCAGUAAAGCUGUUGACAUCACAUGCUUAGCUUUUUGCUAUCAGCAGUGCUAUCAUGUUUGCAAAACUACACUAUAUACUUUAUGUCUAAUAACUGGCAGAAGUAAGGAUAGUUCAUGAUAGGCAGUCAGGGGAGGUAAUUAUAAAAAACAUUGCCACCAGCUUAGCUUUUGAUGUAAACAUACUGUCAGCAGACGACAAAAAAUACUGUGUACCACCUGUCAAAAAUGGCUGUCAGCUGUACAUAGUGACAAUAUGAACAACAUGCCAGGCAUAAUGUAAAUCUGAUAACUGUGUAGUUUUAAAAAAAAAUCUAGUGGCAAUUUCUGUAAUGUGUGUGUUCAAGAAAUGUAAAAGUGUUAAAGAUAAAUCACCAUUUAAACUGAAAUGUUCAGGCUGGAGAAUUACAAAGGUUAGAUUGGAAACCAGUCUCAAAAUACUGUCUUAUGAUUGGUCAGUUUGAAGAUUAUGCCCAGAAACCACCAAUCCUGUACUGGUUGUUGGAACUUUACAAAUUUCUUGUUGGAAUGUAAUGCUAGGCUAUUUCAGGUGAGGUCAGAUAUAGUUUUUGGUUUGUUGGUAACAGACAUUAAAGAAGCAUGCCUUUCACAAUUAUAUAAAAUUGAUUGAAAUAAGAAAAUACUUUCAUUUGUUAUUAUUUUGAAAAUAAAAUCAAAGUGAGUUCUACUAAUGUUUAUUCAUGUAGUCUGUAAAAAUGAAGAAAGUCAGGGAUACACUAUGCUAGUCAUUUAGUAAAAAUUCAAUGUAAAAUAGAUGGAAUUUAGCUGUACUUCAUACCAAACUUAUAAAAUAUUGAAUUUAAAUAAUACUUAUUUUUGAAAUUUUAUAGACAUUGCUAAAUUGCUAAGUUUUUUUUUUCUUUAAAUAUGAUGAACAUCUUUAAGCAUGCCUCUUUAAAAAGGUUUAAAAGUACAUGUAUGUUGAUUGAAGUCUGUGAUAUUUUUGUUGUAAAUGUAAUGUUUUACCUGUGACAUUUAUAAGAAGUUCUAUCAUUAUAAAAUAUCAUUCCUAGUCAUUGUAAAUAUUUCAAAGUUUAUAUAUGAUUAUAAUUUUAGUUAUUUUAGUUGGAAUUUGGCUUUUGAUAAGCCAGAAAAGUCUGAUUUAAAACUUUUAUAAUCAAAAAUACAGUGGAUGUACUGUUGUGAAAUCAUUACUAUUUGUGGGUGACUUAUUUUUGCAGAUUUCUUAGUUGCGUCAAGCUAAAGAAUUUGAUUCCAGCAAACAAAUAAAAUCCCCAUUUACUUUAUCAUGAAAAGUUGUAAUCCACCAAUUUGCAUCCACAAGAAAUUGCCAUUUUAGCCAGAUCUUUGAAAUUUCAUGCCAGCAAAUUGAAAAAAUCGGAACUGAAAACUAUAUUUCAUGAAGUACAUAUUGAAAUUUUCAGUAAUGUAGAUAUUUCUGCAGGUUUUAUUUUGGCAACUACUUGAAAACAGUUCGACUUGUGAAUUUAAAACAGUCCUGACUAUUCACUAGUGUUAUUUCCCACAGUAACAGCUAGCUAUCUGAAAAACAUAGAUAUGACCGUUGACUGUCAAGCUGAAGAAAAACCUAUGUGUAUAUAAAAUAGCUGCAGUAUAGGAAUCUGCUCUGGUUAAAGGUGCAGAUGAGAACCUCCAGUUUGAGUAUACCUGUUUAGGCUGUGCGGAGUUAAAAUUGAGAGUCAGAUAUUUUAGAGCUCUUAAUUCAUCAAAUGUUUUGCUGAUUUGACCACUUUUUUUAGCUCACAUGUCACAAAGUGACAGUGUGAGCUUUUGUGAUCGCGCAGCGUCCGUCGUCCGUCCGUCCGUGCGUGCGUCCGUGCGUAAACUUUUGCUUGUGACCACUCUAGAGGUCACAUUUUUCAUGGGAUCUUUAUGAAAAGUGGUCAGAAUGUUCAUCUUGAUGAUAUCUAGGUCAAGUUCGAAACUGGGUCAACUGCGGUCAAAAACUAGGUCAGUAGGUCUAAAAAUAGAAAAACCUUGUGACCUCUCUAGAGGCCAUAUUUUUCAAUGGAUCUUCAUGAAAAUUAGUCAGAAUGUUCAACUUGAUGAUAUCUAGGUCAAGUUCGAAACUGGGUCACGUGCCAUCAAAAACUAGGUCAGUAGGUCAAAUAAUAGAAAAACCUUGUGACCUCUCUAGAGGCCACAUUUUUCAUGGGAUCUGUAUGAAAGUUAAUCUGAAUGUUCAUCUUGAUGAUAUCUAGGUCAAGUUUGAAACUGGGUCACGUGCUAUCCAAAAUUAGGUCAGUAGGUCUAAAAAUAGAAAAACCUUGUGACCUCUCUAGAGGCCAUAUUUUUCAAUGGGUCUUCAUGAAAAUUGGUCAGAAUGUUCAUCUUGAUGAUAUCUAGGUCAAGUUGGAAACUGGGUCACGUGCGG